GUGGGAGUUUAGCGAAGAGCGCAAACAAACUGGAAACCCAAGAGGACACCUUAUAAGCCAAGGAUGGCUCAUGCGAAGAGAUUUUCUCAGAUUCCCAUGUCUAAGUGCAUGCGGGAUCUCUGUAAAGAGGAGGAUUACUCUUUUCUGACCGGCCCGGAGAAGCAGGAUCAGAGUCUGGAGGAGGAGAGCACACAGCAGGACAGCGAGAGGCUGGAAAAGUUAGAAGAAAGGGUUCGCCGGCGACAGAAGCGAGAGCAAGAGCAUCAAGAAAAGCAACAGGAACUAGAGCAACAGCAGAAGGAGAAGGACGAGCAGUGGAGAAGUCAUGUGGCUGAGCUGGCGGUCCAACGCAAGGCCAUACACGCCAAACUGGACAGACUACGAGAAUUCAGGGACUUUCAGAAGAAAGUUGUGCUUCAGGAUUUGGGUCUGGAUCCAGAUUCUGCUAAUGAAACCGUCAAGCACCUUCUGAUGAGAUUGUAACAGUGUUUACUAGAGUAAAAACACAUAUUUACCAUGCUAACAGACGUUUAUAUGAUCUGUAUUGGUAUGAAGUGGUCAUUUAUCUUCAGAAUAUACCUUAAAGGGGUCAUGACAUCCUGAGGGCUUCAUAACUUGCAGGUUAAAAAUUAUGUUUACUGUUAAAUUCCUUACAUGGAGACCAUUGAAGAUGUUAAAUAUUAAGAUAUUAAAGAUUUAAUCUGAAAGUGUGGGUUUUAAUGAUUCAUAAAAUGCAAGUCAAUGCUAAACAACACUUUUAGAGUAAACAAAAUGCACAUACAGACAAAACUAAAUUAAUACCUGUGUCUCUUGAUGAUACUUUGAGGUCUUGUGAAGCUAAAUCAUUGGUCUAUGAAAGAAACUGAGCUCUGUGUUGGCAUUAAGUGGUCAUAUAUCUUCAGAUAUUGUGUUAAAAGGGUCAUGAAAUUCUACAAAAAUUAUGUUUACUGUUAAAUUACAUACAUCGAGAGCAUUUAGGAUGUACAGUAGGUGACUUUUUUAGUUUUUCAGUAAAACAUUACAGAUUUGAUCUGAAAGUGUGGGUUUUGAUGAUUCAUAAAAUGCAAGUCAAUGCUAAACAACAUGUUUAGAGUAAAAAAAUAUAUCUAAAUUAA